AUGGCGACGUCCAUGGAAAACAACAUGUACUAUGACAAUGCUUUCUAGAUCUUCUAGAUAUUAUCCUAGAUCUAGAAUCUAGUAUCUUGACUUAAAAUAAGUCUUAGACGCUAGAUUACAUUUAUAAUUAUAUGUAAAACUCUGAAUAUUUAUUUUAAAUACGAAGAACUCUAGACUACAACUCUAAAGUCCCUAAACUAAGAGUUAUCUUUGAUCCAAGAAGAUAUUUGCAUUUCUAAGUAAGUUUAGUGGUAAGAAAUCUACACAAAUGGCAGAUCAAGGGGAACAAGUGAAGUUUCAAGUUCAUCAUAUUCGAUUUUUUGAGUAUCAGCCCCAGACUAUAAAUUGUAUAGCAUAUGAUGAAGUAACACAUAGAAUCGCUCUGUCUAGAGCUGAUGCAACUGUUGAAAUACUGAAUACCAAAGAGAAUUGGUAUCAAGAAAUGGUUUUUCCUGGAAAUAAAGAUGCUUCAGUUGAAACACUUUUGUGGUGUCAAGGUCGUCUCUUUGCUGGAGGCAUCAGUGGCAAUGUUGUGGAACUGGAUUUAGUUAAAAAACUUGUUAAGAAAUCUGUUUCAGCAAAUGCUGGUCCUAUCUGGUGUUUGACCAAAAAUGCAGAAGGAAGUCAAAUCGCUGCAGGAACAGAAGAUGGGUGUGUCACAUUGUUUGAUGUUUCAGAUGAUGACAUUGAGUUUUCAAGGGGCUUUGGAAAACAGGAAGGUAGAAUCCUGUCAAUAGCUUGGUACAACCAAGACGGUGUCAAUAUAGUCAUCACUGGUGGUAUUAACAACAUCAGGCAAUGGAGUGUCAAAUCUGGUCAGCCAAUCAGCAGAAUGACACUGGGACGUAAAUUUCAGAAAGACACAAUAGUAUGGUGCCUGGCCGUGACAAAAGAUUUCACAAUUAUCAGUGGUGACUCUCGGGGCAUUGUGACAUUCUGGAAUGGGAAAGAAUCUACACAAAUGAAAACUUUUGAAUGUCACAAAGCAGAUAUUUUGAGUCUAUGUCUAAGUCAGGAUGAAACAAAAGUUUACACUGGAGGCGUAGACUCAACACUUUUCCAAUUCACUUUACAUGCAGCCGACCCGGUAUCAGAGCGGAAGAGGUGGGUUCAUCAACGCUUGCACUCUCGGCACACACAUGACAUUAGGGCUUUGGCAUAUGCAAAUGAUAGUGUGGUUUCUGGAGGUGUUGACACUUUAAUGUGGGUCACUAAGGUCAAGGGUAAACAGACAGUGUCUGAAGUGGCACCAUUACCACCACCUGGAGUUUGUCAUGUAGCAAAAACAAAGAACUUGGUUCAGCUGCAGUAUCAGAACUACAUUGAAGUCUGGCGGCUAGGGGCAGCUAAAGCUCCAUCUGCUGAAACUCGUGGCAUGCUGCCUUUAAUAGAGAAAAGAAUUCGAUUGGUCAGACUAGAUGCCAGAGAUGGUCAUGAGAUACUGUGUAGUACUAUAUCUAACAACGGUGUUAUAGCAUUUUCUGAUGUCAGGGGAGUUCGAGUCUUUGAUCUCUUAAUAAGUGAGACCCCAACCAGUGUGACUUUAAAGAAAGUCAAGUGUACAUUUGCUCAUCCUGCACAUCAUCUUAUGUUCACGUCUGAUGGAUCACAUCUUGUAGCCGUCUUAAUAACAGGAUCUAUUCAGGUCGUUAAGGUUUCCACUGGAGAAAUACAUGCUUUCAACAGAGCUUCAGAAUCAUUGAUUCACAGACUGACCAUCAGCCCAGAUGACCAACAUUUGGCUGUAGCAACCAUCAACCAUGAAGUUCACAUUUACAGUAUGAAAAACUACCAGCACAUCUGCUCAUGUCCAGUUCAGAGUUCACAAGUCAGUGCCUUGACCUUCUCUCCUCACAGCUGUGUCUUAGUUCUGGCUUAUUGCAACCAUUCAAUUUAUGAAUUUGAUGUAGUUAAAAAAAACUACACGCAAUGGAGUCGUGAAAACAGUGAGAGUUUUGGAAAGAAUUGGCUGAAGCCACUGCGCUACAUCCAGAACAUUGCCUUCAGCCCUGGAGAUCCACAGAAAAUAAUUUUCCAUACUUCCAAUGCUUUGUGUGUGCUAGAUAAAACUAAGCCACUGCCAAAUUUAACCCUUGAAACCAAGAAAACAGAUAAAACUCUUGCUGUGAGAUGUUGUUACAAAUAUAAGUACUUACUGUUUGCUGACACCACAUCUGACGGCAUGCUGGUGAUAGUGGAGCGACCACCCUCAGAGAUUGAAGACAACUUGUUGCCUUCAUUCAAACAGAAGAAGUUUGGAAUCUCUUGAUGGAACUGUUUUUGUUUAUAUGUUGAAAAUAAAUGCAUUCAAUGUACA